GUAGCCCGUAGAGGGAGUGGCGGUGUCUCCCACUCCCUUCUCCACCGCGGUCACCCGCACCCCCCCUAAUCCACCUCCCAAUUCAAUGCCAGUCCUCUUUAAUUAAUCCUUUUACCAUUUUCACCACCCACCCAAUGUUCCCCCCUAAACUCUCCCCCCCCCUCUCUCUUUCUCUCUCUCCUAGAGAGGAAAAAAGCUCGACCAUUUCAAGAGUUCGAUAAUAAGGCUGGAGAUUCGGUAGCUCUGUGGCGUGCAUUACUAUUUACAGCGACGGGUAGAGAGGAAGGGAGGGAGGGAGGGAGGGAGGGAGGGAGGGGAAGGCGUUUCUAUCCCUCAUCGUUAUCCCGUCUCGAUCCGGUCCCUUGCCUUCCUUUCGCCCCAGCAGGGAGACGGAAACCCUAACGGACUUCUCUUAGGAAGCGCUGAAAUCCCCAAGUCGUUGGCAUUGUGUCGCGCGGGAAUCGCACUUCAUAUACCCUUACUGUGGCCCGAUCCGUCGCGGUUCCGCAGAUGAGUUCUGGUGUUGGUGGCCGUGGUGGUUUUCAGAUUGUCUUGUUCCCACAUUUUUUUUCCUCUCUGGUUUUUAGUUUAAUUUCGUGCCAGAAUCUGAGGAUUUGGUGGAGAUCGGGGUGGUGGUGGUUCUGAUCUGAUGCUUCCAGUGUUGUUUGCUGGGAUUGGGGCGAGAUGUCGUCUUCUCCUGCCUCGGCGCCGCCGUUCGAGCGCCAUCGAGCCGUAGCGUCGAACGCGGUGUUUAAGAGUGGACCACUCUUCAUCUCAUCUAAAGGUUACAUUUUUUUUCCCCCUGUUUCUUCAACAUUCUUAUAUGAGUUCCUCCCAACUGUUUGGCAGUCCUUUAUAUGCACGAUUUAAUUUUACAGGAAUUGGUUGGAAAUCAUGGAAGAAGCGUUGGUUCAUUCUCACGCGCACGUCUUUGGUUUUCUUUAAAAAUGAUCCUAAUGCACUACCAGAGAGAGGUGGUGAAGUGAAUCUUACUUUAGGGGGUAUUGACCUAAAUAAUUCUGGGAGUGUGGUGGUUAGGGAAGAUAAAAAAUUGCUGACUGUUUUGUUUCCUGAUGGACGCGAUGGGCGUGCAUUCACCCUUAAGGCAGAGACAUCAGAAGAUUUAUUUGAAUGGAAAACAGCACUAGAACAUGCUCUUGCACAAGCUCCUAAUGCUGCCCUUGUGAUGGGACACAAUGGAAUAUUUCGUAAUGACAGUGCUGACACAUAUGAAGGAUCUAUGCGACACUGGAGAGAUAAGCAUCCAAUCAAGUCAUUGGUUGUUGGUAGACCAAUUUUGCUUGCACUUGAAGACAUUGAUGGAGGACCUUCCUUCUUAGAAAAGGCUUUGUGCUUUCUAGAGAAGCAUGGAACAAAAGUUGAGGGAAUCUUGCGACAGUCAGCUGAUGUUGAAGAAGUUGAUCGAAGAGUUCAAGAGUAUGAGCAAGGGAGGACUGAAUUUGCAGCAGAUGAGGAUGCCCAUGUUGUUGGUGACUGUGUAAAGCAUGUUCUUCGGGAGCUACCAUCAUCUCCGGUUCCUGCAUCCUGCUGUACUGCAUUGCUGGAAGCCUAUAGACUUGAACAGCAGGAAGCUCGCAUUAAUGCCAUGCAUUCCGCAAUAUCUGAGACAUUCCCAGAACCAAACCGGCGGUUGUUGCAGAGGAUUUUAAAAAUGAUGCACAUAAUUGCCUCUCAUACUGCUGAGAAUCGGAUGACUCCAUCUGCUGUUGCCGCUUGCAUGGCACCACUUCUGUUGCGCCCACUUUUGGCUGGUGAAUGUGAGAUGGAUGAUGACUUUGAUAUGAAUGGUGACACUUCUGCUCAGCUUCUGGCUGCAGCAAAUGCUGCUAACAAUGCUCAGGCCAUCAUCACAACUCUCUUAGACGAGUACGAGAAUAUUUUUGAUGAUAAUAAAUUAGACAGAUGCUCUCUGUCACAUGAUCCCCAAGUUGAAGAUACUGGCAGUGAGGAAUCAACAGAUGACAGAAAUGGUGGGGUGAAAGAUAAUGGAUAUCAUGAUGCAGAAAAUGAUGUAGAUCCGGAGGUCGUUGAUGAUCCUGAGCGUGUACAUAGUGGAAAACUGAGUGAAAGCAGUGGAUAUGCUGGCAGUGACCUUUUUGAGUACAAGGUAUUUGCUGGUGAUGAUUCAGAUGCUGAUUCUCCUAAAGAUAAUCAGGAUUCAGCAGCAAAUGUAGAGUCAACUAGAGGUUCCCAAGCUGAACUACAUGAGCAUGAUUCUGCAAAUAAAACUAUGGAUAACUCAAUGACUGAGAAGAAUACCUCUAGUGUGUUUCCUAUCCAUGAGUGUCCCCUAUCAAUGGGAGAGAUCCUGUCAUCCUUUGAUCCAGGAAUGUCUUUCCCAGGUCAUGUUGCUGAAUAUUGUUUGGAGAGUCAUCCAAGCAAACUAAAUGGAUCACACACACAAAUAGCACGAACUGAUUUUUGGGGACGCAAUAAUGCCAGGAAGAAUCAAUCAGUGGAGUCAGUCGAUUCGUCUGGUGAAGAAGAAACACAUUCUCCAUCCAAAAUCACCUUUAUCUUCAGGCUUGCUAUCCAAAGGCUUGAGAUCACAAAGAAUGACCUCCGGAUUAGGAUUGCUAAAGAGGCCAAAGGAAAUGCUAUUCUACAGGCAAGUCUGGAAAGAAGAAAGCAGGCUUUGCAUGAACGGCGCUUGGCUCUAGAACAAGAUGUCUCAAGGCUACAAGAGCAAUUACAAGCUGAGAGGGACCUUAGAGCUGCUCUGGAGGUUGGCUUGAGCAUGUCUUCUGGACAGUUUUCUAGCUCACGUACCAUGGACUCUAAGACAAGGGCAGAACUUGAGGAGAUUGCCCUUGCCGAGGCUGACGUUGCCAGGUUAAAACAGAAAGUUGCAGAACUCCAUCUUCAACUUAAUCAACAACGUGAAAAUCAACAUGGAUCUCUCCCUCAUGCCGGUGAUCGCUGUCAAAUCCUUCCAACCCAUAUCUCACAACAGAAGAUUGUUCAGAAAGAUUUUGAUAUGAGCCUUGCUUUCUGCAACCAUGAGAGGAAACAAAGAAAUGAGGAAAGCUCAUCUGGAGCAGAUUGGAAGAACAUUAAGCCGCAAGUGCUACCUCAUGCUAGUUCCAACAAGCUUUCUUGGAGACAUUCUUUGGAGACAAUUGCGAGCGAGUCAAAAGAUGCGGAGGCAUCAACAAGCAUAUCAUCAGAAACCGUUGCUGUUGUUGCUAAUGAUACAUCCAGAAUAACAGAGGGUAUGGAAUAUCAAUGGCAACCAUCAGUGGCAUCUUCUACAUUGGUGGAACUGACAACCCGUCUUGACUUCUUCAAAGAACGGAGAUCCCAACUCAUGGAACAAUUGCAUAGUCUUGAUUUGAGCCAUGGAGCACCCUCACAUGGAUUAGCAUACAAAUCCUCCCCUCCAUGGAACAGUCCGAGAUGAGAGAGACAUGUAUAACCUCUUGUACAUCCUCUAUGUCAUAUGAUUUGUUUUACUAUUUUGUUUUGACUCUGUUGCAGGAGUCGACCCUUCUAGUGAAGUUCUUUUACCCUGUAAAGACUAGAGACCAAUGUAAAUUGUCUCACUCCAUUUUACUUUUCCUAUCUAUCAUUUGCCCUGUGUAAACUGGGGUUAUUGGAUUGGCUAUAUUUUAUCGAUGAAAAUCCCAUUUUAGCAAUCAA